GGGUUCCGUGCUUCGUUCAUUUCAUUCGAGCUAAACCUUCAGUCAGAGUAAGAGCUUUGGACAAAGUUGUGUGCUGGAAUCUCUUAAAAAGCAAAGGACAAGAAAUAAAUAGGCUUUCUGAUUUGAAUCCAAAAUGGAGGCAGCGCUCCGUUUUGCCUGCUUGGUUGCAGGUUUAAUAGCCGUCCAGGCCCAGUGUCCGCCAUCAUGGACGAAGGUGGAGAACAGCUGUUACCGUGCUUUUGGUGGCAAGAGGACCUAUGACAUGGCCUCGCAGAUGUGCAAGGAGUUCGUAGGAUGCGACGGAAUUUCUCCCGGUCACCUGGCUUGCCCAACAACUUUCGAGGAACGCAGAGUAGUCCGAAAGCUCAGGUUUGACCUGUUACAACCUCUCCGUGGAAACAGGAUAGGAGAAGGCCAAAGGCUCCGUCCGCAAAAUGUCUGGCUAGGUUUCCGCCUAGGACAAGGUAGGAACUCAACUUGGGACAGUACAGAAGUUUAUGACAAUGCCCUCCUUGACGAGCACUGGGGACCAAACAGACCAAUGAUGCCAGGACAGAGGCCAGGAGGACAACAACCUCGACAAACCUUUGACCCGACCAACUUCCGCUGGAACGGCCGCUGUAUGACGCUUCCGGGUCAAAUGCAGAUGAAUGGAGGUACAACGAAGUGGGGCCAUCAAGCAUGCAACAUGGCAGCUGCUUUUAUUUGUGAGAUUUCACCGGCAGGUACCGUCAACCCUAAUAUCAACACUGGAGGAAGAGGAGGCUUCAAUGAAUCAACUGGAAUGGGACCAGGUAUGCCUGGUGGUGGACGUGGCGGUUGGGGACAAGGAGGUCAAGGAGGUCAAGGAGGAUGGGGUGCAGGAGCAGGAGCCGGUCAGGGAGGCUGGGGAAAUCAGAAUCCAAAUCAAGGUGGAGGGCGUUGGAACCCCAACCAAGGCGCCGGCGGUGGACGAUGGAAUCCUAACCAAGGUCAAGGAGGUGGAUGGAAUCCCAACCAAGGUGCAGGAGCAGGAUGGAAUCCCAACCAAGGAGCAGGAGGUGGACGAUGGAACCCAAAUCAAGGUCAAGGUGGUGCUGGAGGAUGGAAUCCACAAAGACCUGGGGCAGGAGGCUGGAACCCCCAGAACCCCAACCAAGGUGGUGGCCGAUGGCCGCAACAACCCAGGAUGUACCAACAAGCACAAGCUAUAGCUAUGCCAUGAAAAGACUAACUUAAACUCUUUGACCUAUAAGCCUGGUACACCCACCACAUACAUUUAACUUAACUUUUUCUAAAGCGUAUGAUCCUUGAUAUGCGACUUACGGAAAUGGGAAAUGAUGUUCGAAUCUACAUAUGAACUGCCAUAAGUCUUUCAUACCGUUGAAAAUGAACUGAUGACAUUCGGAACCUCACUGGAAACCACUAGAUUUAGCGAAACACUCUCCAAAGUAAAGAACCGAAAUCAGUCUAGCGCCACCAUGUGUUGGACAAUUCAUAAGUCGGAAAAACUUUCACUCGUAGGAAUGGACUUGUAUUUGGUGACUCAUGUUUGAUAUUUUUUGUCAGACCCAUCAGAUUAUUUUUGUUUCAAACAGGAUGUAUAAUUUGUAAAAUAUUGGAAAGUGUGUUUCAUGUUUGAUGAAUUCUUAAUUAAAUUAGAUUUCAACGAAAAUGUA